AUGGUAGAUGGUUCCGGUAACAAGGAAAGAAAGAAGAGAGGGAGUUACAGCAGAAGUGGUUGUUUUCAAUGCAAAUCUCGAAGAGUAAAGUGUGAUGAACAAAAGCCAGAAUGCUGGCAAUGCCUGAGGCUUCGGAAAAGUUGUCUGUAUCCAGAGUUGUCUAACGAUGAAAUAGGUGGUGGCAAGCAAAGUGCGAGGAAAAAGUCCAGAAGGAAUAUUGUCGAGAGGAGAUUGACAGAAUCCGGCUGGCAGGAUCAAGUCGAUGGUAGACGAGGAGAAAUAACCGAGACAUUUGGUGAAGAGAUUCCAGUUCCUAACAGGGAGGAUGGUAUCGCUAUUUUCGGUACUGAACCAAAACCGCAAAAUUUGAACGAUACCUCCUCAAUAGCCAAUUUUGUUGGAGACUCUCUAGAAAUUGGCGAGCGCAACCUCAGUUCUUUGGUUUCUGACUUGAACAAAAUAGUAAACGACAUGAUGGUGGUGGAUCAUAAUGUUAGCAGUGCCACUAUUGAGAAUGCCAGUGCCACUGAACUUACCGACACGUACGGUGGUACCGAGCCAAUGAGCCAUGCAAAUGAUUUACCAAAAAACAUACCGUUUGAGUAUAUCAAAGUGUGCAAAAAUCAAGAGAGUAUCUACCUUGAGGAAUUUUACAAUAACUUUGCAACCAUCAUUCAACCUUUCCACUCCUAUGAUGAGAAGAUAGGCUACUUUUGCCCUGCUCGAGACAUUCUUUUAGAGACAGCUUCCAGAGAGUCAUUUCUACUAUCAGCAAUCAUGGCUCAAGGUGCAAAAAUGAGCUUCAAAAAACAUCACCUCCAAGAAGACGAUGAGGCAUCUUACAAGUACUUGGUAACAUGCUCCAAGCUCCUCGAACCAGCAUUAAUAAAAGCCAGGCAAGAUAAGAACUUGGUUAAUAGCAAGAUUGAAGCCGUUCUUUUAACAAUCUUAUUUUUGGUAUCGUCGAAUGCAUCCAUUCUGAACCUGGAUUGGCGUUCACAUUUGAGAGGAGCUAAGGAGUUACUCUUAAGUUACUCAACUCCAGACAGUGAACAUUCGAUUAUCAAGUCAAAAAUAAUGGUGUUCUGCAAGCAAUGGUUCAUCUCAUUCGAGAUUUUGGCAGGUUUAAGUUCCAGGCGUGGUGGGACUUUGGCAACUCAACAGGAGAUGAGUGUCAUGUUGACGACUGAUAAUGUUCAGGAGAUUGAAAUUUUGAGAGAAAUUGGAAUCAUACGACCGGAUGGAUUCAACUUGCUAAUUGGUAUGCACUACACUUGCUUGACGCCAAUACGAGGCCUCAUUAAAAUAGUAAAGCAAACCAGAGAAAGAGAAAAUGAGACUUUACCAGACACCUUUGAGAUCAUUGACUUAUUGAGUCAAUUCAAUGAACAGAUGAGCUUCGAGUUCAUCGACCGCCGGUGUAUCCUCAAGUCAGACUCUUUUGCUCAAACCGCAGGAUCUUUAUUGGGCGAGGUCACUAUUCGGAAUGAAAAGCUUGUGAUAAGUUGGAUGGAUAUAUGCCACCAAGCAUAUGUAUUUGCGUCAAUAGUGAUACUCUUGAGGAAGGGUCUUCAAUUUCCUAGCAAAGGAGCACAUAUACAAACGGUCAAUCGAAAACUAUUGGAAUUGAUUUCGUUUUUGGGACACUAUCUGGAAUUGUCUAACCAUACCAAAUGUUCAAUGAUUCUUUUACAGUGGCCCAUAUUUGUGGCCGGGCUAAAUUGUUUGGAAGACAAGGAAAAGCUAUUGGUGAUGAAAUUUUUCAGAAACUCAGCUGAUAUUGGCACUUCGAACUCUACCUAUGCCUUGCGAAAACUUAACAAGUUUUGGAAUCGUGCCACGGAUGGAGACGAAAAGAACGAUUAUUUGGACAGUGGCAGUGACGUGGAUGUAUUUGCGUACUGA